UUUCUUUCUGUUUCGCAAUAUAUCUCGCAGGUUCUUGCCUCACCCACACCUUUUCCAUCAUUCCAUGAAGCGUUGCUGCGUUGUUCAAACGGAUACACUCAGAUCUUUUUCAACAAAUAUGGAACUAAGGAAAAAACUGAAGAAGGAAAUAUUUUUCUUAAAAUCUAGAACUCGAGUUUCAUCGCAUGAAUUUUGACAGAUCAAAAUUUGGCUUCCAAGCAUGAACGGUUCUGAAUUAUGUUCUCAUUGGAGGAUGCUAUACAUUAUUAAUGUCUUGAUCUUGUUUGUAUUUCUGAUGAAAAGCAAAGAAGUGUCAAUGGAAUUAGAUUGUGACCAAAUCAUUAAACAGUCAAAGGAAUUUUCGUGUUCUUUUGACAUUGAUAACAUAAAUUAUACCCUGCAAUGUGAAAGCAGUUUUUCUCAUACUAACAUCUUCUAUAUUCUGCAGCUUUAUGGUAAUUAUAGCUCUCUUCUUAAUGAAUCUACGACUUUUGAUAUUUUUAAAUCCUUGCUGAAUUUUAAUAGUACACCUGAUUCUGUAUUUUAUAGCUGUGAUAAAAAAUGGAGAAACCUUAUAAAAAUAGAGCCAUCGUUUCUCGAAGAAUAUUGUGAAAGUCACAAAAAAUGCCUCUAUCGGUCACCGGAAUUUCUAAAUGAAUAUAACGUAGAUGUAUUAAGAAUAAUGAACACUUCUUAUGUGCCUUCAAUUUUUGACAUCUUGGUGCAAUAUCCCCAGCUUCAGAGAAUGACAAUAUGUGACAACACGGCUGUCGACUUGUCAUCAAAAACUAAUAAUAUUACUAACCUGAUUCGUAUUUUAAAUUUACGCAAUAACAGUAUUCAGCUCUUGCCGGAAAAUGUAUUCAUUAACUUCCAUAACUUAAAGGAGUUAGAUUUAUCACAAAAUAAAUUAAACUCUAUUACUGAAACCCUUUUUGGCACGCUGCAUGCUUUGAAAAUUCUCGACUUAUCGUUUAAUUCAAUAGGUAACAUUUCAAAAGAUGCUCUAAAAGGAUUUCCCAAUCUAGAGACGUUUAAUCUAUCAAAUAACGAAUUGAAUUCCAUUAAUAACAGUUUGUUUCAAUUCAGCCCGCGCCUAAAAUCUAUUGAUUUAAGUUUUAAUAAUAUAAAACAUCUGCCAGAAACUCUUUUUCAUAGUUUAAAUAGUUUAGAAAACAUUCUUUGCUCCAACUGUAAUAUUCAAGCCAUAGACAAGGACCUAUUUUUAAAUAAUAUGAAUUUACUGUAUGUUGUAUUUGGAAGCAAUAAAAUUGAAGUAUUACCUAGUGAUCUGUUUCGAAGGCAAAAGUUUUUAGAAUACGUCGAUUUAGGUUCCAACAAAAUUUCUGAAGUAUACAAUGAUACAUUUUGGAAUAAAUCUAAUCUACGAGGGUUAAAUAUCUCUCGAAACAAUCUAAAAUUAUUAAAUGCAGAUUUAUUCGUCGGAAGUCCAAAUAUUCAUUUGCUAAAUGUGAGUGGAAAUAAACUAGAAAUACUGAAGGAUAAUAUAAUUGCAAAUAUGAAUGAUUUAGAAAAAUUCGAUUUGAGCUACAAUAAAAUUAAAUAUGUUGAACUGGGAAUAAAAUCAGAAGUUAGGCUAAGAAACAUUUGGUUAUCUCAUAAUUUUAUCAAAGAAAUCAAAAUAGAUUGGCGAAACCUUGUUUUUCUAGAGAAGUUCAACAUGGAUUAUAAUGAAAUAAACAGCUUCCACGCACCGCCUUGCAUUCUAAACGUGAAACAAACUAUCACAUUUUCAUUCAGACAUAACCAAAUUUCUGAUAUAGAUCUACGGUCUACGCUGGCUGAUGAAAAGAGAGCUGAAACGGACAGAACAAUGGCUGGUUGUUUUUUUAAUGGAUUCUCGAAGAACUUCUUAGACUUAGCUUUUAAUCCUUUGAAAUGCGAUUGCUAUUUAUACCCCUUUUACUUUUAUUUGAAAAGGAAGCCUGGUAGACGAAUUCCAUCCUUGUUAACUUUCAUAAAUGAAAAUGAGCUUGUUUGCAACAAACCACUUUCUUUGCAAAACAGCACGGUACUUUCCUUGUCAGAAGACGUAUUUAGUUGCUUUUUUGAGACUGAUUGUCCCCAGCCAUGCACUUGUGGUUUUCGUGCUAGAGAUAAACUAUUUUUUGUCAACUGCACGGGCACCAACCUAAGUGAGGUUCCCCAAAGUGCUCCUGAUCAGACCACAGUCCUUUAUUUCAAUUAUAACCACUUGCGAUCUAUGAAGUCACUGAAUAAUAAAAUCUGGCAUAACUUAACGGAACUGUACGUAGAUUUUAAUGAGUUAGAAGAUUUAACCAAUUGGGAAGUUCCUGAGAAACUUCGGUUUUUGUCGAUAAAAGAUAACAAAUUAAAAACUUUACCGAAACAUUUGAUGGAUUAUAUAGCGAACCAGAGUGAUUUCCAGUUAUUGUUUGGUGGAAAUGAUAAACAAUGCACGUGUAAGAGUAAAGUUUUGAAAGAAUUUUUGAUUGCCAAUACUGCAUUUAUAAAAGAUUUGGAUAAGAUCAUUUGCGAAAUAAAUAGUAAUGGAACAAAUUCCUCGUUACCUUUAUACGAAGUUCCAGACGCUUUACUCUGCGCUGAUGAACAAGCAGAUGGAGGUAAUAAGGGUCUAACAACUAUUGCUUUGGGUGUAUUUUUUACCGUUCUUCUAACUUUGGUGCUUAUUUACUAUAAGCAAAGACAAUUAAUUUUGUCAUUUCUUUAUAUUCACUGCGAUCAAGUGUUUCAUAUCUGUUUCGAAGAAUGCGAUUGUGAAGAUAAACUAUUCGAUGCUUUUAUAGCGUACAGUAGCAGCGAUCGCAGCAUCGUAAUGACUCUUCUAGAAGAGCUGGAACAGAAAGAGCCCUUCUUUCGACUUUGUAUCCAUGAGAGAAAUUGGCUUCCUGGUCGUUUCAUCACCGACAACAUCAUCCACUCUGUGCAGAACAGCAAGAGGACAAUCAUCGUUCUUUCCGAUACCUUCAUCUCGAGUCCAUGGUUCAAAAUGGAAUUGCGAGCAGCUGUAGUCAAAGUUUCCGAAGACAAAAUGAAUAAGGUGAUUGUUAUAUUGGUGGACAAAUCAACAUCCUUUGACGGUGUAGAGCCUGAUCUACGACAUGUAAUUUCUAAACGAACAUAUCUUGUAUGGGGUGAGCGAUGGUUUUGGGAAAAACUGAGGUAUGCUAUGCCUCGCAAAAGCUCUGAUUUAAACGAUGAAGACAUAGAUUCCAACAGAAGACUGAGUGAUAUACCUUUACUAUUAGACGUUUAAUUUCUUUCUUAAUACUUUUCCGAAACUUGCACGAAAUCUUCAAAGAGCAACUAAGUAGCAUUUCAGCCUUUACAAAAGAAAAGAAAAAAAAAAAAAAAAAGAAAAAGAAAAAAAAAAGGGAGGUAAGGGCGGAAGAUUUUAUUUUCGUGAUGAGUUCUUGUCUUCAAAUAUCAUAUUUUGGUGUAAAUCUAAAUAAUCUUAUUUGUUUACUUUUCUAAUACUUGAUUAUGUUCUUUCAUGCACAAAUUAAGCCUCUUUAACCAGAUAUUUAAAGUAUGCGAAAUGUUUUGAGCGCUGUCA